CAGCCUUUCAUCGACACUAACAACCCAGUUUCUAAUGCAGCACCCCGUCACGACCCUAGUUAUUACUGAGGCUGGCAUUUUAUAACAGAAGAGUUUAAGCUGCCAAUCAAUUAUUUAUAAAAACGUGUUUAACGUGCUGGGAACUUUUUUAGCAGUUUGGAGUAAACAUUGAAGUCAGUGUUUCUAAAAUGCUGGUUUUCAGAGUUCUAACACUUUUUGUCCCACUCGCCAUACCGAGUUUGGCGGAUUUCACUCACCAUGUGGUACUUAAGGAUGACGUCUUCUUUUUAUCCUGGAAAUUCGACAAUGAAACUAUCACGUUUGAGACCCAGGUUCGUACCACAGGCUAUAUAGGACUUGGAUUCUCUCCCAAUGGGGGUAUGACAGGGGCGGAUAUCGUUAUCGGAUGGGUGAAAGAUGGGACGGCGUACUUGAAGGAUUGCUACGCGACAGCGAUGCAAAUGCCCUCUAUUGACAAGAGCCAAGAUGUGGAGCUGAUCUCUGGCAGUGAGAACAGCACCUUUACGACAUUACGCUUUAAGCGUAGACUGGACACAUGUGAUAGCAAAGAUAACAAGAUAACACAAAGUACCAUGCGCUUUAUUUGGGCUUACCACGAUUCAGACCCCCUGACUCAGACGGACUUUCUGUACCAUGGGAACGUGAACCGUGGAGCAAAGAGCAUGUUCCUUUUGGACCCCGCUGAUAAUCCAGUUAACACUGUCACUAUACCAAACGAUGCAUAUACCUUGGAGUUUCUAAAUAAUAAGGUUCAAGUACCUUCAACUUCCGACACAACAUAUUGGUGUUCCGGCUUCACGCUGCCCAGUUUCAGUAACGUUCAUCACAUGAUUAAGGCAGAGCCGAUAGUUCAAAACGGGAACGCAGCACUUGUGCGUCACUUUAUUGUGUAUGCCUGCAACCACCAGUUCAACUUCACCGACCACGCCAAUUAUAGUAAUGAUUGCACGGGCAGGGGAAAUAUGCCUCCAGAUCUUGAAUUAUGCCAACAAAUGCUGAUGGCGUGGGCGGUUGGAGGAGAGGUUCAGGUGUAUCCAGAGAAUGUUGGCUUUCCUUUUGGAGGGGAAGGUGAUCCCACUUUCAUUUUGUUGGAAACCCACUAUGACAACCCAGCUCUGAGAAAUGAUUACGUGGACUCAUCUGGUGUGCGUUUUACCUUAAUACCACGUCGUCGACAGUAUGAUGCAGGGAUAAUGGACGUUGGCGUUAUGGUCUCUAGAAACCACGUCAUUCCACCAUACUAUGACGAAUUCUACAGCUGGGGACAGUGCUCUGAUUGUAUGGAAAGUGGUUUAGAAAACGUACCAUUGGGAAUCAACGUGUUUGCUGCGGUGCUGCACGCGCAUUUGGCGGGAACUGCUAUUUACCUACGCCACUUCCGGGGUGGAGUAGAAUUUCCGUAUUUGGCAUACGACGAGAAUUACGACUUUAACUAUCAGGAGUACAGAUAUUUCAAAGAACCGAAGAAAAUAAUGCCAAAUGAUGAUUUGGUCACCCAUUGCAAAUACAGGAGCAGUGAUCGAACUUAUGUCACAUGGGGAGGACUUGGAACUAAAGAGGAAAUGUGCCUGGCGUUCAUAAUAUACUACCCACGAGUAAACCUGACGAACUGCAUCAGCGUCCCCCUGCAGUCGGAGCUGAUCAAAAUAGCCCCAGAGUUGACGUCAUCGUCCGAUGACAAUGGCUACAGUGUAAUUAUCCAAGCACCAUCGCAAUACGCAGGACGUAGAUUUCAUGAUGUUAUGGAAAACUUGGUCAACUGGCAAGACGGCAAGGCUCGUGAUAGAUUUCAAGCUCUUGAGAUGAAUUCCACUCGAAUGCAGAUUUGUACUGGAACAAAUGGAUAUCGGCAUAGAAACUUGAUCCAGAAAUUGCAGAUCAGCGCGCCUUACAAGAUACCACAAGCAUCCUGCCCAGACACUCUGGUCAGUAUUGGCUCUAUAUCGUUUGCUGAUAAACCCGUUUAUGUCACCAUGGCAACGAUUCUAUGUACCUUGUUCUCACCUCUGUUAAAGAUGUGAUGCAUGUACACGUACCAUAUUACAACAUGCGGGACAUAACGAAUGUAUGGAAUUCUCAAAUAAAUAGUGCUGCUUCUAAUUCUCAUCAAGACAAAAUGACUGAUGAAAUAUGUGGGAGUUUCAUGACGGCUUCAUAUGUUACUCAAGACUGCUGACUUUGAUGAUCAGGCGUCUUUGUAUUUUGCUGCCUCUAUGUUGCCUUUAGGAGCUGACCUUUUUCUUUUUUAUAUGGACGCUGAGUGCUUAAUACUGCCGUUGUUUGAUCGAACUGUUGGACAUGCAUGGGUGCUUAUUUAUUUUACUCGGAUGCUUAUCGCACGCUGUUGGCAACAUUCAUGAAACCGUCAUUGCACGUUCCGUGGUUACCUGGACGGUAAUAUUAACAUUACAACACAGUGGACCUAUUAUCUGUUGUUUUGACCUGCUAUUUCGGUCUUGCAGCUGUUUUUCAUUUUCCCAAUGAAGAUUGUUACAACCUAGAUGCUUGAACAUUGUUUUCUGAUGUACAUGGAUUGCUAUAAACCAAAAUGUACACUCAUUUUUCACGUACAAUAUUCAUUAAUGGUGUAAUCUUUAUUUAAACUACUUCGUCUCUUCAGUUAUGUUUUUACUUCAAAUCUUCGAGUGAAAGAAUGUCUUGCAAUAUGUGCAGCUCAACAAUAUGGUCAUUCAUUAUCAGACAUUUUCUUAUCUUCCUGUAGUGGAAAAUGAUUUUUGCAAGUAAAUUUCACACAUUUCAAUAAUAGUUAAGUACAUUUUAUGCUAAUAUGUUUUUUUCACUUCAUCCUCAUGAUGAAUGUCUCGGGCUCUCAAAAUUGACUGUCGUUUCCCUCAUGGGGCUCUUAGGUCUCCUAUCACGUCUUUGUCUACUCACACCACAU